AUGAAUCCUAGUGGAAGAUCACAUUCCAAAGGCCCGAUUUUAAGGUCGGUGUCUUUAGAAGAUCUAAAGAGAAACUCUAGUUUCAAAAGCAAUCUAAAGUACAAAGAUGAAGUGACUUCGCAUAAAGAACCACAGGUUGGAACAUUGAGCAAUGAAGAACUACUGAAAGAUCUUGACAACAUGUUGCGCGGUAAAUUGAACAUGGGAAGAAACAGCUUUCAUACCGAUAAAAGAAAUAAAUCAGAUGGAAAUAUCAGUGCCUUAACGUUCAAGGCAAGAUCGGGUCUUGAGGGAGAUACUCGCACUAUAGAUGUACAGCAAGAUGGUAAUGAUGACGGCGAGAAUUUUAAAUUGAAUGAUGAUAGCGCCAAUAAAGAUAGAAAUGGUGAGAAAGACAGUAAUACUGACAACGCCGUUGAAUUUCAAGACGACGCCGAAGAAGCUGAAGAAGAGAAUGAGGAUGAAUCAUUUGCUAAUGUGGAUGAACUGGAUGGAUUUGAUUUGAAUAAGGCUUCAGACGGUAAACAUGUUCCCAUCAAUGAAAAGGGUGAAGUUGAUUACAAUAUGCCGGUAGAUAAAGAAUUUCAGAAAUCACUUGAUCAGUGUGCAGCUUCACUUGAGGAAAGAUCAAGUGCACCUUAUGCUUUACAAAGGGCUGUCGACUGGGAAUUGAAGAUGUUUUAUUCUUUGGAGGAUGAACUGUCAGAAUGGUUUUGCAGCUCCGAUUAUAUGCAUUUUGGGCAAACACAGACACUGUUUAAACAGAAAGUCAACCACCCACAACUUUUUUUUGAUGAUGAAAACUAUGCCGCUGGUGUAGUUGGACGUUUAAUUGAGGACAUGCCCAAUUCUUUAUCAUCUAAUUUACUCGCAUUGUCAUAUAUAUCAAUGGGAUGCUUUGCGUAUACAAGUAACAAAAGUGAGCAUGCAAAGAUUAUACGACGCAACAAUUUAAUGUUCGUUCCUCGCAUUCAAGAAAUUGUUCAUGCCUUCAAGAAAAUUGCUAUAAGCUGCAGGGAUGAUAACAAAAACUUGAAGAAACAAACUAUUUUGUUAUUUCACUCGUCAACGAUUCUGUACUUCAUCUCCAGUAUUUGUAUUGAAGGUAGAGAGGAAAAUUCAGAGGCAGUAGAUAGUGUUAUUAACUCUUUUGACAGGACAGAUUUGUUGGAAUUUUUAACAAAGUAUAUUGAAAAUUGGAGAUGGAACAGCAGAUUAGCUAUGCGUAUAAGAAAUAUGGUUUUGUUGCUUUUCAAGCUUAUUGUAUUACAGUUUGGCGACAGUUCUGUUUACAAACAAACCAAAUCAUCCGUUUAUAAACUCCAUGGGUUGAUAUAUCCAUCAAAGCAUCCAGAAAAAUUAUCAAUCUCUCCGUUACAUUAUCAAGCAUUUAGAGAGGACAUAACUUCUCGUUUUCCUGAUUACAAUAUGCCUACUUCUGGUUUACCAAAGGAUGUUGACAAGUCAGAAUCCCUUUCUCAGUUUUUGGAAAUUCCUCGUCCAAAAUCAAAGAAUCCUCUAAAUAUGACACUUAAUGUUCCUGAAAAACAUAUUGCUACGCCAGCUCCCUCACCACCAAACUCUCCACAAUUGAUGCAUUUAAGUGAAGGUCCUAGGCCCCGUAAAUCUUUCCAGACAAACAUGGCAUAUCCAUGUUUAUAUCCGUCUGAUAAUGAAGGGCCUGAAGAUGACUCUCUGGAAAAUAGAGUAGAUUCUAAUUUGGAGAGAAAGCCUGAUAACGAUAUAGUUAUUCCAUUCAGUACCGAGGAAGCAGCUAGAAUAUUAAGUGAGAGUUUAGAAAUCAAGCUAAGUACAAAACAACUUUGGUACGAAAGGGACUUAUUUAUGAUAACGGAGCGUGGUUGGAAGCAGCAGUUAGAAAAUGAGCCGUAUGAUUAUUCAACUUUUAACUAUGAUGCAAGUUCUUCAAAGAAAGAGAAAAGUGCGAUUUACAUUAUGCAGCGAAUUGACAAAUAUUAUAAAAGUUGCCUUUCGAGCUUUAAUUCUCUUGUGUUUGUUUUGCUACAAACAAUGGAAUCAAGCUUGACAAACAACUUCCAUAGGAAAAGUGAAGUUUCCGAUAAAAAUCUUCUAAAUAUGCUGGCGCCCCAAUUGGAGAUCGUGAGGGCUAAGGAAUUGUCCCUAAAGUCAGCAGCAGGCAUAUUACAUGCAUUGUUGAAGUGGUUUAAGCUAAGCCAUAUUUUGAAGUUUGAACAUUUGGCGGUGGUUAUUCACGAUUCGCGAUACAUUAACACAUGCGCUUCUAUUUUAAGCAAAUAUUCUGAGGUUUAUCCUGAAAGGGUUUUCAAUAAAUAUGUACUAACCCCGAAUUCAUUUUGGAAAGAAUGUUCUCUGUCUAACGAGUCCUACCGUGAAUGCUAUUCAGUAGAUGACUCAGGGGAGGUCAACACGGAGAUUCUGCCUUCGUUUGCAUACCUUUUAAGAAUCCUGAGGAAGAUCACGGGGAACAAAACACAAAGAUUAAAGGAACUGCCCUUGUCUAUAGGCAUAUUAUUUAAACGCUAUUAUCGGCUUUUCAACCUUGACAUGUAUCAUCCAAUAUUGAAAAUAACAAGAGAACUCACACCAUUCAAAAACAAGAGAUGGAAAUCGGAACAUAUGGAAUUGAUAUCAGGGGUUUACCUUUUUGAAAAACUGGAGUUAACAGACAAUUGGGUAACAGGGAAGGAUAUAUCAGGGGAGUUGAGCGAUGCUUGUGGCCAAGAAAUUGCACUCAGGGCCUUGCUCCAGUUUUACAAUUUUCAACAUUAUGAAAUAUCUAUGGAGGAUCUCGGAUAUGGGCACCGUAAUAGCUCCAGUCAAGAUCUAUUAAACAAGGAAUCCGAGUACUUGAACAUUUAA